AUGAACAAAGAUCAACGGUUCUCAAAAAGCAGACUUUACACGUACAUUGGCGAAGUGCUAAUUGCUGUGAAUCCAUAUCGCAAUCUACCGAUUUAUGAACGAGAUACCGUGGAAAAAUACAGGGGACGCGAAAUCUACGAGCGUCCUCCACAUGUCUUUGCGAUCGCCGACGCCGCGUAUCGCUCAAUGAAACGCUAUGGACGCGAUUCCUGUAUUGUCAUAUCGGGUAAUGAGUUUGUAGAAGAACUUUUCGUCGUUUUGUUAGAUGACUGA